AUGUGUGAUCAGGAAUUUAGGACGCUAAGAAUCGACCCUCGUUAUCCAUUUCAACUUCAAACUAGAGCCUGCUAUGAUAAUUACUGUGAUUAUCACAAAUGCCAACGUCUUCUGGGCGAAGUUGAUGAUUGCAAGAUAUUUAAAAGAUACUUUGAAACAAUCUGUCCAAACUUUUGGAUUGAACAUUGGAAUGAUCUAAGAGAAAAGAAAGCGUUCCCAGGGCCAAUUUAA